UAGACACGGAAGUCUGUCGCGUUUGUUUCUGGUGUUUUAUUUCAACUGUUGAUCGGCAGUGAAAACGAAAGAUUCGUCGAAUAUGAUUCGAGGGAGCCUGUCGGCGAAGUAGACUGCGUAUUCAAGUGGAUAUAGUACUGAUAUUACCUGCAGAAAUCUUGUGGCGGGCACAUCAGGCCGCAGCUCCUAAUGACAGAUGGAGGAGCUGUACACCUUAGAGAAGGAGGUGGGACGAGGCAGUUAUGGUGUGGUGUUUGAGGGCCAUAUGGCCAAAACGGGACAGAGGGUGGCUAUUAAGCGUCUGCCCUGCAGCAACCCGGAGUGCAUUGAACUCUACCUGCAAGAGCUGUGGGCCAUGAGAGCCACGGCCAAGAACCACGUCAACGUCAUCGCUCUCCACAGCUGCCUCCUGCAGACAGGGUCUAGGAGCCUGAAGCCCCUGAAACCUGGGAAACUUCCUCUGCGUCUGGUUGAGAGCGUGCUAAAGGGCAGAGCAGUGGCAACAUCGCAAACUCAGGAAAGGAAUAGUACCUUGUCCAGCACACAGAGGAGGACUAAUCACGCCUCUAGACUAAAGGACCGGUCCAACACUGUCCAAGUCAGGCCCCAGAGUCAGGACAAGAGUAAAUCAAAUGCAUCUGAUUGUCCAACUCCACAAAGGCCUGAUAACAGGGCCAGGAAGAGGCCCGCCCACAGUGAGGAAGAGCCUCCCGACCCGCUGCGCUGCAUGGCCCUGUGGCUCGUGAUGGAAUACUGUGAUGGAGGUGACUUGAAUCAGUACCUGCUCUCCAGGCCUCCAGAAGCUCAGCGUAACCACAGCGUGGUGCGACAGCUCUGCAGUGCUGUGGCUUUCCUGCAUAGCCUCGGUAUCAUCCACAGAGACCUGAAGCCUGACAACGUGCUGGUCUGUGUGACUCCAAAAGGCCCUGUUGUCAAGGUGGCAGAUUUUGGUCUGAGCAAGAUGAGUGACUGUGUAGCGGACGGCGAUCUGACCAGGCAGCGCUUCUCCUCCAUCUGCGGUUCUGAAUUUUACAUGGCUCCAGAGGUGUGGGGCGGGCUGAGCUACACUGCCCAGGCAGACAUCUUCUCCCUAGGUGUGAUGUUCUGGGCAGUCCUGGAGCGCAUCACCUUUGUGGAAGAAGGGACUACACAGGAACAGCUGGGCGCCUACGUGUGCAAGAGUCGCUCUGGCUGGCUGAUGCCUCUGGGAGAAGCUCUGUGGGAGAAUGGCGACCUCCAGCUGUGCAUCCCUAUGAAGUUUAAAAGAGCGCCCCCGCUGCCGCCGCCUCCCGGCCCCGCCACGUGCACCUUGCUUUUAGACAUGCUCGCCUCAGACCCGGAUGCCCGGCCCCCGGCAGAGCAGCUGGAGGCCAGAGUGCGCUCGGCUCUGAAAGAGGACUCCCACUGACAGAGAGCGUGUUUGAGAGCGUAAUGACUGUAACCACUAAAGCCUCCACAUGGUAAAAUUGACUAUGGAGCCUCUGACCGCAGGUUUUCCUGUAUGUGUAAACAACAGGCACUAGAUAAAGAAAUGUGGAUGAUUAUAUGGCGUUGUUGGUGCCAUUUCUGUCACUGAAACAGCCGUUCCAGCUCAGCUCCUAAACUGUAGAAAACCUCAUAAAGGGAAACGGGAAUAAACUACAAGAAGUCUUGAGCUGCUCUAGUGGGAAUCGGCCCAUUGACCACAGACCCCCUGACUUCACUGCAGAUAAAACACACCAUGAUAUUCAGACUAGUCCAUGUGAACAUCUACAGGGACGUCCUGUACUUCCUUUAAGCACCAUGCUGGUGAAUGCUUGACAUGGAAAAUCCAUUUUAGUGCGUGUUUAUACUGUGGCUGAAAUGAGACGAGCGCCGCUGCUGCUGCUGCUGCUCGUCAUGAAAGGAAAGUGACUUUGUUGACUCCUCGCCAUCCCCGCGUUUUAAUGUUUAAUAUUAUUCUGAUUCAUGGACAUCAAACUUCUGAUCUUAAGAAAUGCAGCUGAGAUUUAAAACUUUCUGUGCUCCACUUUUUUUCCAGUAGAUGAUUUUUUUUUUUUUUUUUUUCACACUCUUGAUGUAGCCUGUGACAGUUCUCCGGGCCGGGGUGUCUUAAAAAUGAGCCCGGCUGUAACGCCGUCCAAAUCCCUGUGAUAAAUUUCACACUACUAAUUGAUGUUAGCUGUUUUUGACAUAGUCUGGUUGCUGUUUGUUGCUUGUGAUCGUUUUUAUGCAAACGGAGUUCGUGUAAAUAAGACGGACGGGGUUUAGAAAACCGGAGAAUUCAUUUCAGCUCAACGUCGUCUUCGAGCACAUCCUCAAAUUGUACAAUAGAUCUGAGGGACCACACACAGAGUCAUCAACCACAUAACCAAUCAUAUAAGACUAAAACAAAAUGGAUUUAUUGUAGGAUUGCUGCUUAUAUAACUUCACGUGGGUGCAUUUUGUGUUUUCUGUGUACCUCUGUUGCUUCCUUUUCACAUUUGCUUCAUAUAUGCUUUAAAAUGUUACUUGAAAAUGUGUUUUUGUGUCAGGGUAUUUUAUGUUUUAAAGAUAUUCACCAGUUGAAGUCACACAGGGAUGUAGGCGAAAAGACAAAGUCUUCACUUUUUUUAAAUACAAUUACAAUCUAUGCAGUGACACUGGAAAGCAAUGUGACACAUGUUAAAGAAUCUAAGUGGAAUAACGUCACUGUGUUGAACUAACACUCGGCUGAAGCGCUCGGUCUGUUUGAGUCUGUGAGCUCAGCACAUCUUGACCUGGAAACAUUUCCCCACUUUUCAUUGCUUGUUUCUUACAUGUUCCACAUCCAUUCAGGUGGGUUAUUGUCAGUGUAUUGUUUUCAUCUUUGCUCCUCUGAAGCGUGUCACAGUGGUUCUCAGUGGCCUUUAAUAACCUUCUGAUUUGUAGACGUUUUAUAUCCACAAAAAAAUUGUCAGUCUUAAAAUACUUGCUGAUCUUUCCACCAGUUUGCUUUUAGGCAUUUUAGUGUAUUGUUGUUUUAGUGUACAGGAGCCUUUGAAAAUUGAAUUCAACUGUGUAACUGUGCAAGCAUUUUUUAAAAUUUUUUUUAUAAAUAUCUGCAGGUCCAUGUGAUUAACGGCCCCCUUGUGAACAGGAAAUUAAAACCAGGCAUUAGGAUCGUUGCUGAUCAUAUCCACGUUGCGUCCACACACAUUUAUUACUGGUCAUCAGUCUGGGCCAUUGACUCUUUUAUUUAUUUAUUAUUAUUUUUUUAUCGCUGACAUGCUCGAAGAAAAAAUGGAUCUGUAUUAAACCGUGGAGCGUGUCCUAAAACCUCCUCUUAAUUUUAAUGUAAUUUGAAUAAAGAUGAAAAUGUAACCUCUA